CCCUGGACUGUUAGUCAGUUGUUCGCUAAGAGUUAUGCGUAUAAGAGCUUUUGUAAGAAGUCAGUGAUUGUGUGUCAAAUUUUGUUUCAAAAAAUAAAUUCCGUGAUAACAGCAGAAGGAGACGUAAAAAAAUUUUAUUUGUCAGAACGACGUAAAGAAAACUCCCUGAAGAUAUUUGAUAUUCCUGUGGUAGAAUGCAAAUCGGAUGGUAUAACUGUAAAUUUUGAACAAAAGGGGACAUUAAAAACAGAACUUGCCAUCAAGGACUACCUGGAUAACUCUACCUGCAGAAAAAUUUAUACUGCAGGUAUAAACAAUGGCAACUUUUCUGUAAAAUAUGGUAAUUGUGGCGUAGAAUUGAAAAACAAUACAGCUGAAUUCACUUUGAUGGUGUUGCGACCCCCAAGACAAAUUCGUAUAUCAGCCCAAACUCGUCUUAUAAGAUGUGAGUACCCGACAAAAGAAGAUGUGGCGAAAAACUCGUUCAAAGUCGGAGAUCUUCGAACAGUGACAGAUCUUCCAUCAACAACUUUUUCCGAUGAAAACCCAACUCAUGAGUUAAUAGUUAUGGAUCUUCAUAAUAACCCUGUAGAUAAAGCUGAACCGGGAACUGGACUAAUUGGCAAAUUUCGUAUUUCAACUAUACCUUACGUUGCCUCCAUUAAAAAUUGUUACCUUAAGCCGGACCAAAAAGGAAAUAUUACAGGACACCAAAUCAUUAAUGAAUUUGGUUGCCCGGUAGAUCAAGAUGUCACCGUAUGGCGCUGGGACCCAAAAACAAACUCCCUUCAGUUUACAUUCAAAGCUUUCAAGUUUUUAGAUUGGAAGGAAAAUCAUAUCUCCUGUCAAGUUAAUUACUGCCUCAAAAAAAGCGAUUGUGCACCUCCAAGUAAUUGUGAGGAUACACCCAAGCCGUGCGAAGAACCAAAAAUGUAAAAUAUUAUUAUUUAAAUUAAAAAAUAAUUAUACUGAAAUCAGUAGACAUCUGUUAGUUUUUGUGAUCUUCAUAACAAGUCAAUUAUAUUAAAUAAUAUAUUUUUACAAAUUUAAACUCAUAAUUUUUUUAAUUUUUAUAUGUAAAAUUUUUUCUAUAAUAAUUUAAAUAUUAUAAAAAUCUAAAAAAAUUUUCGGAUGUCUGUUAAUUUCAGUAUCAUAAAAAAUUUAAUAUCUAUAAAAAUAGACGUAACAUGAAUAACG